ACUUUCCAUGGGUACUCAUUUUUACAAUUCCCCUAUUUUUGAUCAUCCGAUCUUCCCAUCAAGGCAUGCAUUCAUUUCGAUUCUUCCAUGAUUGAGCCACUGGUUAUGCUAUUUCUCCAUCACUGCCUUCUGAUUUUAUUCAAAUUUUGGAGCCUUCUGGGGAGUAGAAAAAAGAAUGCUUCACAUUAACAAACCCCAAUUUCCCCUAAAAAUCCAAUCUUUCAACAAACCAAGAAAAUGUCCAUUUGCACACCCUUCAACUGCAAUGGUCUCAAUCUCAAUUCAUCAACCAGUUCCAGCUUCAGCUGCUCCUGCAAUUGAAUCUCCCAAAUCGUCAUUCAGAAGCAAAAACCCAAAAGAUAUCAAUAUUUUGGUUGAAGGUUCCACCGGUUACAUUGGAAAUUUUGUGGUGAAAGAGUUAGUGAGAAGAGGGUUUAAUGUCAUAGCUGUUGUUAGAGAGAGAAGUGGCAUAAAGGGAAAAAACAGCAAGGAUGAGACACUGGGGAUGUUGAGUGGUGCAAAUGCCUGCUUCUCUGAUGUGACAAAGUUCGAAUUUUUGGAGGAAAGCAUUGAGAAUCUUGGAAUUUCAAUUGAUGUUGUUGUGUCUUGCUUAGCUAGCAGGAGUGGUGGAGUCAAAGAUUCUUGGUUGAUUGAUUAUGAGGCAACUAAGGAUAGUCUUGUUGUUGGUAGGAAAUUUGGGGCUGCACAUUUUGUGCUGCUGUCUGCAAUCUGCGUGCAGAAGCCCCUCCUCGUAUUCCAGCGUGCUAAGCUGAAAUUCGAGGCGGAGCUGAUAAAUGAGGCGGAGAAAGAUGAGGAUUUCAGUUAUAGCAUAGUUAGGCCUACUGCAUUUUUCAAGAGCUUAGCAGGGCAGGUUGAGCUGGUUAAAGAUGGGAAGCCUUAUGUCAUGUUUGGAGACGGGAGGCUAUGCGCGUGCAAGCCUAUUAGUGAGCCGGAUUUGGCAUCCUUCAUCGCAGACUGUGUGUUGAGUGAGGAGCUGGUGAAUAAGGUUCUACCUAUUGGUGGACCGGGGAAGGCAGUGACCCCGUUGGAGCAAGGGGAGAUGCUGUUUAGGCUUGCGGGUAAAGAGCCAAAGUUCUUGAAAGUGCCUAUACAGAUAAUGGAUUAUGCAAUUGGAGUUCUUGAUUUCCUUGUCAAGAUCUUCCCCUCGUUGGAGGAUGCAGCGGAGUUUGGCAAGAUUGGGAGAUACUAUGCUGCUGAGAGUAUGCUGAUUUGGGAUCCUGAGACGGGCAAGUAUGAUGCUGAUAGCACGCCUAGUUAUGGCAACGACACGUUGGAGGGAUUCUUUAAGAGGGUGCUAGAACAGGGAAUGGCUGGCCAAGAAUUAGGAGAGCAAACAAUCUUCUGAUUGAAAUUCUUUCCAGAUUUUGCUUGCUAUGUACCUACUAUGUGACUAUAUUCUUGCUUGAUAUGAGAAAUUCAUGCCUUCUAUCUGAAAUGUGAUUAGUUGCAACAAAAUGUGAAUAAUACCUAGUUAUUGUGUUUGAA